AUGGCUGACUCAAAUGAAAUAAAUAGCCAUCCAGUGGAGCAAAAUGAGAACGGCCAGAUUACGUUAACGGGUGCUGAAUUAAAAGCGAUCAUAGACGGCGCUGUUACACAGGCUUUGGAAAGGCAAUAUGAGGAAUACAGUGGUACUCGAAGUAGGACCCACUCUGCACCACAUUCAAAGCCCAAGACACAUUCUGAGGCUCAUAGCAAGCCUCCUCCCAAAAAGAAUGGACCCAAGAAAGAUGGUGAUGACCAACCAAAAAGAAUCGCUCGCUUUAUCGGAGGUUUAGCCCCGGAAAUCAAGGCAAGCGUAAAAGCUUCUCGGCCAGCUACCUUCAGGUCUGUAGCUGACAUUUCCUUAUCCCUCACUCUGGAUGCGGUCAGGCAGAGAUCGCUGAGGAAUAAGAAGGCCGAGAAAAGGAAGCGUGAAGACGAUGGUUCGCGGAAGUCGAACAAGAAGCACCGUGGGAGCGGUGACAACAAGAAAGGGUCAGAGUCGAGGAAGGAUGGGCAUAAUUCUGGUGAAAAGCCCAUGUGUAAAAUUUGCAAGAAGCAGCACUAUGGAAAGUGCAGACUGGAGUCAAACUCUCAGACUCAGUCAAAACCCUUUGCUUGUGGAAUUUGCAAGUCCACGGAUCACAAAACCCUGGAUUGCAAAAAGAUAAAAGACGCAACGUGCUACCGUUGCAAUGAAAAGGGGCACAUCAAGACCAACUGCCCAAAGUACAACAAGAAGCCUGAGGAGGUUAAGAAGACUAAUGCUAGAGUCUUCAAAAUGGACGCGAAAGAGGCUGUGCAAGACGAUAAUGUCAUAACAGAACCAUUCUUUUCCUCUGUCUCUACUUCCGUUUAA